AUGGUAUCGCUUGACCUACCCCAGUCCACAAUCACCGUCGAGGUUUCCCUCAUCGAUUCCGUCCCAUGCGACCUAUCCAUCCGAGACGACUACCACAACCUCGCGCCGAGGUUUGCCGAGCGCUGCACGAGCACAGCAAGUGGUGGCUGGAAGAUACAUUCGCCGCAUGGCAUCUCGGACAUCCUAGUCGAUAAUGGGACACCCCUGGACGAGGUCAACGCCAUCAUCUGGUCGCACUUCCAUUUUGACCACAACGGUGAUGCAUCCUUAUUCCCCAGCUCCACCGAUCUGAUCGUGGAACCAGGUUCACCAGCAGCCUCACUCCCGGAUGGCCAGAGCAAGCUUAUUCCCCGGUCAAAUCUGAUGACUGGAAGGCUGACGAUUGGGCGCUUCCCUGCGGUGGAUUGGUUUGAGGAUGGAAGCUUCUAUCUGCUCCAUACCCCUGCAGAGCAUCUGGUGGGGUUAGCCCGAGUGCAGUCUGAUUCCUUUUUCCUCAUGGGUGCGGUGAGUGAUGCUAGCUAUAGCUUCUAUUUUGGGGGGUUUGGGAAGCGGGUGGUAAAAGAAGACGGAAAGUUGACAUAUGCCAACCUGAUCGACAUAGGCUCGUGA